UAACUUGUUUUUUUCCCCUGAACCUACUCUAUAUAUUCCAUGAGUUGUAUUGACUAGCUUGGCACGACUGAAACGAAGCCCAUUAAGCUCAGCCUCUGAGACUUAAAAGUUUUUUUGUUCUCCGGUUGGCUCAAUGGAUGAAAAAUCAAGCCAGAAAGCACCUCUUCUAUCAAGGAAAGCGGAUGACGUCACUACUUAUCCCAAGAAAAAACCUUUCUUGUUAUCAUCAGCAAAAUGGGCUCUCAGAGUUCUAAUGUGGGCGGUUUUCAUUGCAUGGAUGGCUUCUACUUUUCUCUAUCCAUCUGAUUCUUUCAACACUUCAUAUCUCAAAUUGGCUCGAUUCACUGAGGGAACUCUGUUUGGGAUUGCAGGAACUAUAUUCUUAACUUACAGUGCCCCCGUUAUUCUCAUUGCGUUUCUCGCCACUGCUUAUCUGGCUCUACGUGGCAAAGAGGAUUUUCAUGUCAAUAAGAAUUCAAACUAUGCGCGCUUUCGGCUAUGGACAUUCCCUGUUCUUGUGGAUGGACCUUUUGGAGUCGUCUCGGCUGCUGAGUUGUUCUGGAUUUUCAUAGUUACCGCAUAUUUGCUGUGGGCAUUUGUGGCUUUUACAGUCAAGAACCGUGAAAUCUUAUCAUUGUUUCAACUUCCAACAAAAGAGUGGAGGUACGAGAACCUCAUUCUAGUCGCGGGUGGCAUUGGGAUUUCACCUUUUCUAGCUAUCCUAAGCGAUGUUCUACACCGAAUUAAUGAUGGCAAACCUUGUCGGCCGAAAAAUAUACUCAUAAUAUGGGCCAUCAAGACGGAAGACGAGCUUCCUCUUCUUAAUACAGUGGACAUGAACUCUAUCUGUCCAACAUUCUCACAGAUGCUCAACCUUGAAAUUCAAACUUACGUCACUCGACAAUCAGAACCUACCCUGGAACAGGGUAAAGCAAUAGAGCCUGUUAGCUCAACUGUUUUCCCAGCCAACAAGAAAAAUGGAAUGUCUGUGUUGGUUGGCACGGGUAACAUAAUAUGGUCCGGGAUGUACGUAAUUGUAUCGACUUUGGGGUUGGGAAUUAAUGUGGCUUUAUUAAAUGUCUUUUAUGUAAAUCCAUAUGGAGUGGAAUAUUUGUGGUACAAGGGGCUUUUGUUCAUCGCGUGCAUGGUCGUGAGUGUGCUCGUUUUUGGGGGUUUGGUGAUUGUUUUGUGGCAUUUAUGGGAAAAACGAACUUCAGAUUAUGAUUUUGAGGAGACAACGGAAAAUGGGUUCGUUCAACCAAAUGAGCCAAAGAUGGAGAAAAGUUCGAAUGGCAAGGAGCAAUGUGUUACCACCAUUCGGUACGGAAUAUUCGAAUCAAUGUCUGAUAGAUUGGGGAACGCUGAUAUCGGCGUCAUACUAUGUGGGCCACCAGCUCUUCAGACAAGUGUUGCUAAAGAAUGCAGAAAACAAAAUCUCAGGCGACGUGGGAAUCAGGCCAUGUUCCAUUUCAACAGCCAUAGUUUUGAUCUUACAAACGGAAUUCCUCAGGCCACCUCCAACAAAAACAACCUUUUCCCCCAAAAUCAGGUAAAACAGUUACAAGAGAAGACACAAUUACGGCUUCCAGGGAGCCGGAGGAGGCGGAGGUGUCGGGAACAUUGGCGGCACAGCCGAAAAGAUGGUAUUCUUGUCAAUUCCAACACUCGUCUCCCCAGAAAGGGCCACGAGGGCCGCCACAAGGCCCGCAUUGCCAGCCAGCGUGGGCUCCGUGUAAUUGUAGUUAGUUCGAAUAUCCUUGAACCCAUCAUGCCUGUCGGGCCCCGCCACCAUGGCCCCCACCAAGGUGUUUGGGUUGGGCUUCUUCGAGUCUCUCCACCUCCACCCCCCUUUGCAGUUGUACCUUACCUUAUUCUUAGGAAUCGAGGCCCCCCUGUGGUGCACGUGCUUCGGAUAAUGGUUCCCGAACCCCACCACAUAGCUCAUCUUCCUCGGAUUCUUACCCAGGAUGUACUUCAUCUGAGGAGGGAAGUGGGGCCCACAGUACCAUCCGGGAGUGUCGGCGGCUUUCAUGUAGUCGCUGAACACCGUGGCCAGGAAGGCCGCGUUCACCACGUAUUGAAGCGGCUGAGGGGCCCCGUGAUUCAACUGGAUCAUGCCACCUGUCAAGUUAUCCACGAUGACGAUUCCAAGCUUAUUGUCCCAACUCAAUACCCCGUAAAACGGGCCUCCCCAGAAAGCACCAGCAUGCCUAGCAAGACCUGGAGUUGUAGCAAGCUGAAGAUAGGACGAGUUACCCGUAGCAUAAUACAACCAAGUUGCACCCCAAAUAAACUCGUCCCAAUAACCCGUCGAAUUAUAAAACAUGGACGCCUCAUUGCCCACACUGUACCUUCCACGCUGUUCCCUGGAAAAUUUAAAGAGGGUCUUGGCACCAUGGACAAGCUUCUGUGA